AUGUCAAAGUUGACAAAACCAUUGUACACGUUUAAGCCAUUCGUCUUGAAGGAACAUACACCUAAAGAUGAUGAAGAACCAGAAGGAAGAUGCGGAAGCGAAAUAUAUUGUAAAGGCCAUAAUCUUUAUGUUUAUGGCGGACGUGAUCCAACGGUCGUAGAUUUUCGAGAACUAGGCAAUGACGAAGUUUAUAUUGUCACGAAGCCAGAAUUUCGUGACAUGUGGGUAUUUAAUUUACUGUCAAAUGAAUGGGCGUACAUCAACAAUGGACAUCAAUUACCAGAUCGGAAGCAUAAUGAGAUUGGUGUAAUCUUCGAAGGGAACUUGUUAACCAUUUGCACUAUGCGAGUACCUUAUUCUGAUAAACUUACAUACCUAUAUAUUUGCAAUAUUCUCAAUGGAUAUGUGAUUAAUCAGCCUCUUCAAGGAGAGGUACCUAAAUAUCCUUUAUCAAAUAAUAUGAUUCGUGAUGGAGGAUAUUAUUAUUUGGUUGGAGAUGUUAAUGAUGAAAACAAUCGUGUUGGCAACGUCUACAGGAUAAAUAUGAAGAGUGGAAUUUGGGAAUGUAAUCUUGCAGCUUUUAAUAUACAAAAUCGCCGAUGGAGAAUGAUCAAUACCCAUGGAGAUGUUGAUCAUGUACCCAAUUAUCCAAUGGAUAGAGACGAACUUAACGGAUCCGAUCCUCGAAUUACGCACUACCGAGACACUAAUAAUAAUUUUAUAGUGAUUUUAUCAGGACAGAUUGAUCAUGAAGAUUAUUACAAUGAUUUAUGGGAAUUAAACCUCAGUACCAUGACAUGGAAAAAUAUUGACAAUCGUGGAACUUUAAUACCACCAACGUUCGAAGAUUACUCAAUGACUGUGUCUCCUGCUGGUCAACUAUUUACAUUCGGUGGAUCUAUCGGUGACCCGAAAGAUAGAGUUCCCUAUGGCUCUCGUGUUCACUCAGUUUGGAUUACUAUUCCAAAACUCUCAGACAUUUGUUGGGAGUCUGUUCUUCACUAUUUGCCGAGCUUGGUUUCAAUGUCUCAAGAACAAGUUGAAAAUCUCGGUAUUUCAUGGAAAUUUUUUCAAUCGAGAUUGACAAAGCAAUUGUACACGUUUAAGCCAUUCAUUUUGAAGGAACAUAUACCUAAAUAUGAUGAAGAUGAUGAUGAUGAUGAUGAUGAUGAUGAUGAUGAUGAUGAUGAACAACGAGUAGGAAUAUGCCAUAGCUUAAUGUAUUAUAAGGGCAAUAAUCUUUUACAUUUACGGCGGAAAAGAUCCAGACGAUCCAACACAUUCCUCGAUUUUUUAGGACUAGGCGACUUGUGGGUAUUUAAUUUACUGUCAGGAGAAUGGACGAACAUCGACAAUGAAUAUCAAUUACCAGGCCAGACGCAAGAAGAGAUUGGUUUAAUCUUCGAAGGGAACUUACUAACUAUUUGCACUAUCCACGUACCUUAUUCUGAAAAACUUACAUACUUAUAUACUUGCAAUAUUCUCAACGGACAUGUGAUCAAUCAGCCUCUUCAAGGAGAGAUUCCUAAAUUUUUUUCAUCAUGUAAUAUGAUUCGUGAUGGAGGAUAUUAUUAUUUGAUUGGAGAUUUCGAUGAUGAAAACAAUGUUAUUGGUAACGUCUACAGGAUAAAUAUGAAGAGUGGAAUUUGGGAAUGUGUAUAUAAAUGUCAAGGAAAAGAUAAAAAUAAACUUUGGAAAAAUAUGCCUGCAUACCUAGUUUUCAAUGGGAAAACGAUUUUUACUUUUUUUUCUCUCGAUGGCGAUGAUGAUAAGUAUGACGAUAAAUUCAUUCCAUAUUCUUUUUUGAAACUUGCCGCUUUUGAUGUAAAAAAUCGUCGAUGGAGAAUGAUAAAUACUCAUAGAGAUGUUGAUCAUGUACCCAAUUAUUCCAAGAAUGAACAUGACAUAGGUUGUUUUGAUUUUACGCAUUACCAAAACUUUAGCAACGAUUUUAUAGUUAUUUUAUCAGUACAAAUGGCUUUUAAUAAAGAUUAUCACAGUGAUUUAUGGGAAUUAAAUCUCAGUACCAUGACAUGGAAGAAUAUUGACAAUCGUGGAAAUAGGAUCUUAUUUAAUUCAUUAACCUCUGAUAGGCAAACAUUGAAACUGUAUUACUCUAACAGCAAUGAGGGUAAAAAAAGACUAGUACGAUUUAAUUUUAAGUAUCCAAUGAAGCUCGAAUAA